GCAGACCGAGAUUAUACUUUAGAUAAACGAUCUCAACCAACGGAUUUCUCCGCGGCUAGAGAAGCUUUAAACCGUGCAAAAUUGAAGGUUGAAGAAAUGUUAGAACUUGUCAGCAAUAACGGCUCAUGUUAA